AUGGACGCAUGCGAGAGAGGAGAGGGAUUUCAAGAGGGGCGGGGAGGAGAGAGAGAGAGAGAGAGAUGGGGAGAGAGGAGCCGAGAGAGGGGAGAUCAGAGAAAACCGUGGGGAGAGAGAAAGAGAGAGGCCGCAGGGGACGGCGAAAGCGACGCCGGCGGCGCGGCUUUCUUCGCCUGCUACCUCCUCUCCUCUCAGAGCCCUCGCCAUAAAGGCCGCACUUACAUCGGGUUCACGGUGAAUCCACGGAGGAGGAUCCGGCAGCACAAUGGGGAGAUUGGGUGCGGCGCGUGGCGGACAAGGCGAGGGCGGCCGUGGGAGAUGGUUCUUUGCAUCUACGGCUUCCCAUCCAAUGUUUCCGCCCUUCAGUUUGAAUGGGCCUGGCAACAUCCAACUGAGUCUCUAGCUGUUAGAAAAGCUGCGUCAACUUUCAAAUCCUUCUCUGGCGUAGGGAAUAAAAUCAAGAUUGCCUACACGAUGCUUACUCUUCCUUACUGGGAGAAUUUAUACCUUACAGUAAAUUUCUUCUCUACCAAAUACAUGAUGCAUCUUGGUGGCUGCCCGAGAUUGCCAAAGCAAAUGAAAGUUAAUGUUUGCAUCAUGGAUGAGCUUCCGUGCUAUGUAGAAGGUCAGACUUCAGAUUGCAACGACAGUGAUGAAAUUGACUACGAGCGAGAAAAGAUUAAUGAAGAUGUUGAUCCUGCUAAUCGAAUUGAAGAAGAUGCUCGUUCUUCUGAAAUUUCAUCUUCUUGCGACCUUUACAUUAGCAAGGAAUCCAAUAACUGUCCAUUUGAGUCUCCUUGUCUUGUUGAGUCUCCAAAGCCUGAUGAAAGAUAUGAAAUAAUCAGCGAAAUCCCUGAAAGCACUAGCGAAACUCCGUGUUCAUUCAGAGAUGAGAACUCCUGCGAAUGGCUUCAACAAAGCAACUUACAGAGACGACCAUCAUCCCUGAGAUCUUCGAAGAAUGAUUCAUCAACAGAUAGUCUGCUCAUUUCCCCCGUACUUGAAACCAAAGCACAGAAUUUUUGUAUUGAUGAUGAGAGCAAUGUCAUAAGUUUGUCAACACCAUCUAGCUGCAUUGUGGAAAAGCGCAACAAGAGGGCUAAAGUUCACUCAGAUAUUAUUGACUUGACGGACUCGCCCGUUACUAUUCAGCAGUAAAAAUAAAUAAAUCUGCGUAAUUGGUUACCUAAUGUAGUAAAGGAGUAAUGUAUAUUGUUGUAUCAAAAACUCAUGGGGGAAUAAAAACAUGCAAUUAUAGAUUUUCUUUUC